AUGCACCAAGCCCUGGGCUGGAAUCUGGAGACUGGAGAUAAACCCAAGCUGCUACCUCCUCCCCCAGCCCUCCGCCCAGAACGCCCACCCUGGCACCCAGGACAAGCAUCCCCGCACCCACGCCACGCGGCGCCGUGUUCGCAUGGCUCCGAGCGCGCGGCUCCGACUUUUCCCGACUGUGGGCGCCCCGGCUGUGCCCGUGGGCACCGCGACCCCAACAAAGCGGCCGCCGGGCCGGGCCGGGGUCCCCCUCCCCCAGCGCAGCGGCCGAGCGGCGCCCUCGUCUCCCGCAGCCGCCCGCUGCACAGCGGCUGGGCUGGGGCGCCCUCCCGGAGCCCCCUCCGCGCGCCGGGGCUCACCCACCUCCGGCUGCGGCUCCGCGACCAUCCCGGUGGCGCUCCCGCGGCCGGGCCCCCGCGGAAGGCAAAGUCCUCGCGCGGGACGCGGGCGGCUCCAGCGAGCGGGGCAUGCCGGGAGGCGGCGGGGCCGUCCCAGGGAAUCAAGAUAAAGUCCCCAGAGAGGCCAAACCCCCGAGGGGCUGCGGGAGGGGGAGCUGCCGGCCCGGGCUUCCAAAUCCCCCGCUGCCAGGCGCCGCCGUCACCGCCAGGCCCCCAGACGGGCCGGGGGUUGGGGCCAGGGAGGCCUGGGCAGCUGGGAGGCAGUCACCCAGCGCCCCAACAGGCGGCCCUCGCGCCCCCGCCGGGGUCAGGCCCUGGCAGGCAGAAGGCGGGGAGGCGGAGGGUCCCUGCCACCCCGCUCAACCCUCAUCCAGGCUGGCCGUCUAGUGGGGGCGGCGGAGCACCCAUAGAUUCCCCAGUGUGA